CGGACGGAAAAGUGUAUUGUAGCAUGUUGGCAUCAUAUUGUGAUCAAGAUUUCAUGUCUACGUGUGACUUAACGUGUAAUAGAUGCGGGCAAUCAGGCUCUUCCGUCUCAGGUGGAGGUGCUUGGUCGGUUUGCUCCAAACCAUGUGGAAUUGGUACGAGAUAUCGUCAAAUAUCUUCAACAACAGAAUAUCAGUCUUGCAAUAUACACGCGUGCCCAAGCAUUAGUUGCCCUGCAACGUACCGUUAUGGAUAUCGAGUCGAGAGAGAGCAACGAUAUGAGCUUCCCCAUUCUUGUUGCGACGUGGAUGACUAUGCGACUUGCGGAAAAUCAUUCUUAACUUCAGGUCAACGCGUAACUGGAGGCAAGGAUGCAUUACGAAAACAGUGGCCUUGGCUGGUUGCCAUGUUUAACCGCCGUUGGACUUUACUUUCUGGUGGUACUCUUAUUGGUACGCGAUAUGUACUGACGGCAACUCACAACUUUUUUGAUGGUAAUAUGAUUCCCUACAAGAAAAGUGACUACACUGUAUACUUCGGAAUGUUGACAUUAUCUGAUACUUACACAAACUCGAAGAUUUCUCAACUAUUCCAUUAUUCUGGAACAAACUUCAAAUUUCCUUACGAUGAUAUAACGAUUGUGAAGGUGGCCACUCCUGUCAGAUUUUCAUCUCUCAUUCAGCCUAUCUGUUUACCAGGAGGUGAAGUCACUCCGAAAGAUACCACAUGCUUCAUUGCAGGAUGGGGAAGCACUGGCACACCAAACAAGGCGUCGUGGCAUCUUCAAGAAUUGGGAAUUCAAAAUUUUGAUGUGAACGUCUGCAAGACAAAAUACAAAAACUAUCAUGAUAUGAACCAAUACAUGCCGUUUCUUAACGCUGGUAGAAAGUACCUCUGUGCCGGCAGUUUACAUCGCUCAGCGGGAAGUUGCGAGGGAGAUAGUGGGGGUCCACUCAUGUGUCAGAAGUGUUCGUCUUGCAGAUGGUAUUUAGCUGGGAUUGUCUCUUUUGGCCUCACCGAUUGCACAACAUGGGGCGUUCCAAGCAUAUACACAAAAGUGACAGAUUACGAGAUAUGGAUCCGCACUAUUACACAAGAAUCAGCAAGUUCCCCUACCUGCAACUAUAAUGGAGCGGUCCCUUAAAAAUAAUAUAUUUGUACACUGACAUUUCGUAAAAUUUUAAGCAGUACACAGCAGCAAUUUAAGAUAAUAUAAUUAAAAUUUGUUGAAAUAUUUUAGGAAUUUAGUUUUAUUCAACUAAAAAAUAAUUCAUGUGCUUUGAUAUAUAAAGAUUUUGCAUGCAUUUCUGAAAGACGAAAUAUCAAAUUAUCGGUAUCAGAUUCAUUCACCCCUAUUAAAAGCGUUUUGGGAAUUUAAAAUGAAAGGUAAUACAGAUUUGUUUAUGCAGGAAGAAAUAACUAAUACUAUUUUACCAGUAUGGUUUUGUUAUCUUGUACCACGCAUCAGCCGAUAAUAGAUAAUGGUCCAAUUGAAACUCCAUGACAG